AACAAUGAGACAUCUACUCAAUCGUAACUGCAUUUGCUUUGUGCUGCAUUCCUGACUAGCUGUAGUACAGCAUGAAUCCAUUAAUAUCGAAAGCUCGACGGCCAAAGUUCGAAUUGGUACUUAGAAUUUUCGACCUCAAUAAUGUCCCACUGGUGACGGGCACUUCUUACAUCAAAUGGCACUUCCCCCACUCGACCUCUGCCGAACAUCGAGGACGAACAGAGCGCGCACCUAUAAUAGAGCACAAAGUCUCAUGGGAUUACGAAAAGACGAUUCCUGUACGGCUCACGAUCGAUAAAUCGAACAAUCUGCAAGAAUGCAUGAUCCAUUUCGAAGUCGUGCAAGAUUAUAGCUCCGGAGUGAGGGGGGAGAAGAUUACAUUGGGCUAUAUCAACCUCAAUCUUUCCGAAUAUGUGGAGGAGAGUGAGAUGGGUGCUGAUGGAGAAGAAGGCGUUACGCGGAGGUAUCUGAUGCAGGACAGCAAAAUCAACAGCACAUUGAAGAUAAGCAUUCUCAUGAGGCAGUUGGACGGGGAAAGAAAUUAUAUUGCCCCCCCACUCAAAACAGCGCCUGUAUUUGGUGGAAUAGCUGGCAUAAUGGCAGGCGAACAGGCAGAGCAAGAUGAUGUUGGACACAUGCCUACGAUAAGCAAAUCGAGAGAUCAUGGCGAACUGCAGGAUAUGUAUAGAAGAGCAUUAGCUGCAAAGUGGUCAGCACAUCACCACGAGCUAUCUGCGGAUCAGUGCAUCGAAGACAUCUUCAAUGGAGGAAAUGGCUGGAAGAACGAGCAUAUUGGUGGCAAACCUAAGAUAACACACGAGGAUAGUGCCAGCGACGAACAUCGACAUCGGCACCACCAUCACAGGACUGCUUCUGGUAUAAGCCUCAAGAGCUCACAAUCUCAGAGCACAAUCACAGGCAAGACGGUGAGAUUGGGACAUAAGCAUUCACAGAGCCGUGAUCUAGGCGCCGCUCAAACAGAUAGUCCAGAACAUGGUAGUUCUGAGAAUUCUUCCGAAAGAGGGAGAACUGGUUUUAGGAAACCUCACGAGGUUGAUGAGUUCGAUGUUCGAGAAGACCUCAUGGCUUGGAGGCUACCAAACGAGGUUCUCUGAUGUAGCAGUAUAUAUUCAGAGGGUCAUGAUGUAUGAUUGGAUUGAGCAGGCGUUUUAUAGGCUGUAGAUUGUGGAAAGCAAUUUCUGAUGGACGACUCGUCCUACUUUUCCUACCUCCUUUGGUGCGAGUCUCGCGGUCGUCUGGCAGAUAUUCGUGCAUGGGCCCGCUCCGCUCUCCACAGAAUGUAACUUCGGGGGAUUCUCUUCGUUUUGUUCCUGCAACGAUGACCCCAGGGUGCUCCUCAGACCGCAUCCGCAUCCCCUUCUAAUAUUCUAGCACUGACAAUCUUCACCUCCUCCGCAGGUCUGUCAUCUGCCCCAGUCCUAACCAAGCCCAU